GAAUGGAGGGUUUAAUGCGAAUCCAUUCAUUUAACUUUUUGAAAGAUAAAAUGAAUGAGAACUUCUCUGCUUUUCUACCGCAAGACUUACAGUUUAAAAGUGAAAAUGAAAAAGCAGCAGUCAUCCAAAAAAUCAAAGAGUUUUAUUUCGGUAAUAAACCAGUUAGUGCAGAUGAAGAAUCGGUAUUGUCAUACGUAGAUUUUAUCUCAGAUUUAUUUUUUACAUAUCCUACUUUAAGAGCUGUGAACAUGCACGUGAAAGCAGGGCACGAUGAAAUCUUUUUGUAUGAAUACAGUUUUGUGGAAGACUCUACGCCUAUUGUACCCUAUACCAAGAACGUGAGAGGAGCAACUCAUGGUGCUCAAAGCAAGGCUGUAUUUGAUGGAGAUGAAAAUAAUUGGCAAAGCAAUGACGAGAGCAAUAUCUCUGAAGAACUGAAAAACAUGAAAAAAGUAAUGAGAGAACUAUGGCUUAACUUUAUUACAACGGGGAGUCCGGUGCCGGCGGGCUCCGCGCUGCCCGCGUGGCCGGCGGCGGGCGCGGGCGGCGCGCCGCACAUGUCGCUGGCGCGCACGCUGCGGCUGCGCGGCGCGCUGCUGGAGGAGCGCGCGCGCUUCUGGGACGCCAUCUACGAGCGCCACUACCGCGCGCCCGCGCCGCCGCCGCCGCCUGCAAGAAGAAUCGAACUUUAAAAUUAGAAUACUGUA